AUGCGAAUAAUGACAUCGACGGAAGUAAACGGCGGUGGAGGAGGUGCUGCCGGAGGAGGGAUGCCGGUGACGCGCGGGGGCAACAUCUCCGUGACGGCGAUCAAUUGCGAUGAUGGAGGUGGAGGUGGAGCAACGUUGACGGAGGGUGGUGGGGUGGCUGUGGCCAGCAAACCAACCACCAACACCAGCGUUGGGCUAAACCACAACAACAACAACAACAACUCGAUCAAUAACAACAACACUAGCAACAGCAGUAGCAACACCUGCAGUGGAGGCAACAGCAACAGUGUGAACAACAACAACGGCAACAACAACGGCAAUAGCAGUAGUACGACGAGCAGUUCGAGCGGCAGCAGUCCAGUGGCAGCUGCGACAGGACCAAUAUUCGGAAACGUGAGCAGUGGAGGAAUUCGCAUCACCGUGCCGAAGAUGGAGGAGUCCGAUGAGUCGGACACGGAGCUGUCAAACAUCGAAAAGUCAGCCGCCCUGACGAACGGCGUCAACAUGCGUGAAGAACGUAGCGCCAGCAAAAGCCUACCGCGGCCGAUGUCCUGGGAAGGUGAGCUAUCGGAGCCGGAAGAACCGAUGCUGGUGGACAACGAAAAUUCAAGCUCGAGCUCUUCUGGAGUUGGUGGAAAGCUGGCUCCAAUCGAUCCUUCACCCAUUGCCAUGGUCGUGCCGAAGCGUGAAGAAGAACAGGACACGGAUGCGCCCUCCACAGGGCCAGGAAUCACGGAACCGCUGGCUCUUACAGCUUGCAACAGUGGGACGAGUGGAACCACCACAGGAGCCACCGUUUUUAACCUCUCCUCUCACGGGAACAGUGGAGCGGUCCUUCGCAACACCGGAAGCAGCAGCUCGAGCAACUCGCCGCUGCCAAAUCGGUUGCUUAUCAAACCGGAAGCUGGGCUUCCGCUCAUCAACCCGGGUCUGGCGUACAACGUGCCCGGGCUCAACAACUCCUCAAACAUUCCAUCCUCGUCGGUACCGUCCGGCUUGAAAAAAGGACUUCCGGACGUGAUCAACCUAAAGUACGAACACCCACCGGGUGGGAUCGGUGAUCCGGGAGGUGGCAACACGUUGCCCCCGGGUGCGAUCCACUCACCGUUGUUGGUUCGCUCGAAAACGACACUACUUCCGGCCAACCCGAGCCCGGACUCUGCCAUCCAUUCGGUGUACACACACAGCUCUCCCAGCCAGUCUCCGUUGACGUCCCGCCAUGCCCCGUACACGCCGUCGUUGAGCCGGAACAAUAGUGACGCGUCGCACAGCAGUUGCUACUCGUACAGCUCCGAGUUUAGCCCUACGCAUUCGCCCAUCCAGGGACGACAUAGCAUUUUCGGUGGAGGGGGCGGUGGGGCAGGGGUGGCCAGUGGGCCCGGAGGAGCCGGCAGUGGAGGCAGCGCGUCCUUUAACGGAUCACCGUUGCAUCACUCAGUAUUAUACAAACCGAUGCUGGACUGUGAGCAGCAGCAACAUCAGGCCUUGAAACAGCUGGCGGCCGCAGCGGAAGAGCCUCUCUACGAUGGGGAGGUUCUACCGUCACCCGGCAUCUCCCGGCAGCAGCUAAUCAACAGCCCAUGCCCGAUCUGCGGUGAUAAGAUAUCCGGAUUUCACUAUGGCAUUUUCUCGUGCGAGUCGUGCAAGGGUUUCUUCAAACGGACGGUGCAGAACCGGAAGAACUACGUGUGCCUUAGGGGGGCGGUCUGCCCGGUGACGAUAGCGACGCGCAAAAAGUGUCCCGCCUGCCGGUUCGAGAAGUGCCUUCAGAAAGGGAUGAAGCUGGAAGCAAUUCGAGAGGAUCGUACACGUGGAGGACGCUCGACGUACCAGUGUUCGUACACGCUGCCAGGACCGCUAGUGAAUGCUGCUGGUGGAAUGCAAGCCGGAGACUCGCCUGGGGCAGGUCCUUUCCAGUACGGUGGGCCUGUAAGAUCGCCGUACGUCGGUGGAGGGGCCAAUGUUAGUGCUGGUCAACAGAUGAAGCUGGAAGCCCCGGAUGGUUUAGGCGGCAUGAUGAUGGUUGGUGCAGGAUCCAUGGGAGGAGGAGGCGGUAUGAACGGAAUAAGCAACGGUCCUGGAUCGGAGGGCGGUUGUGGAUCCGGUGGAGGCAACCACAUGCAACCAGGCAUUCCAGUUCUGCUACAGGAAAUCAUGGACGUUGAACCAUUGUGGCAGUACAAUGCGCAGGAGCUGGCGCGGCUUAAUCAACCAGCGACGAACGUAACCAGCACGACGAUCGCCAACAAUCCGAUCCUUUCCAGUGCCGGUAUCUCGUCCGACAGCAGUCCCGAUCUGAUCGCUAACCUCUGCAAUAUUGCUGAUCACCGGUUGUACAAGAUCGUAAAGUGGUGCAAGAGUCUGCCGCUGUUUAAGCACAUUUCGAUCGACGAUCAGAUCUGUCUACUGAUCAACUCCUGGUGUGAACUGUUGCUGUUCUCUUGCUGUUACCGUUCGAUUUCAACGCCUGGUGAGAUCAAGAUCUCCCUCGGGAAGUCGAUAACGCUGGAGCAAGUGCGAAAUAGUGGGCUUCAGACAUGCAUUGAGCGGAUGCUUCACCUGACCGAUCAUCUACGACGAUUGCGCGUAGACCGAUACGAGUACGUGGCGAUGAAGGUGAUCGUUCUCUUGUCGUCAGACACCUCCGAGCUGAAGGAAUCGGAGAAGGUGCGGACCAGCCAGGAAAAGGCACUGCAGGCACUGCAAGCCUACACGCUAGCUCACUACCCGAAGUCACCGGCCAAGUUCGGUGAGCUGCUGCUGCGCAUUCCAGAGCUCCAACGCACGUGUCAGGUCGGCAAAGAAAUGCUCACGAUCAAGCCGAAAGACGGCGAGGAGCCUUCGUUCAAUCUGCUUAUGGAGCUGCUUCGCGGCGAACACUGA